UUAUUAUGAUUAUUAUUAUUAUUAUUAUUAUUAUUAUUAUUAUUACUAUUAUUAUUAUAGUAAAACUGAGAGAUUACACUGAAACCCCUCACAGUAAACUGUUGGAGUAAUCAAUUUUGAAGUGACAUCGAUUAAUAGAAAAACUCACGUGAGGCUAAGCUAAGUUUGGCACAGCUCCGCUCUAGAUAUUCAUCAGUCCUCAGUAGCUAUACCCAUUCUGAACAGAUUUGACCUAAAAAGGGCAAGUGAAGGCACUAUUUGCAAUCUAGGGUCGCAUCUUUCAACUCAUUCAUUCAACUCUUCAGUCAGACUGACGGAUCUGCAGAUGCUCUGUCUAUGGACUUAUACCCGUCCUGUAAAUACGACGUAAAAGUACGCCCGAUAUAGUGGCAUGGCAUGCCGUGCCUUUACCAUCGGGGGCCAUAACCACUGGACAGGGGAUACGAAAAACUGCCAACCCAACCAAAAUAAACUUGAGAAAAUCGACUGAUAAUACUUUUGCCUAAUUUUCAUGUAUUAUGUGGCAACACGUUUUCUAAGUUUAAUGCUUUCAUAGAAUUCAAAGAGGGUUAAUGGGUUGGAAUUGUUUCUAUGAUGAUCCUUGUUCGAAAAAAAUAGAUCUGCAGCAUUUUUCCACAUUUGUUUCGUUUUCAAUUUUUCUCAAUCGAAUUUAUUGAAGACUUUUCUUUUCUCAUCAUUUCUUAAACGAUUAUAGGAUUUUUUUUUUAGUUAUGCGUGAUGCGACGUUCGGUUUCGUUUGUGUAUAGUAGUCAGUGAAAUUAGUUUUAAUGGCAAUAUUUGUUUGGCUUUAAAUGCCUGGUAUGCUAAUAACUAAAUAGAAUCCACGUCAAAACUAUUAUUCAGUUAGCUUCGCCGCAAUAUUAUGUAGUUUUUACCCCGUCUGUUUGCGUUUGAAUCGUGUUUGUUGUAUCCAUGCCUAAAUCUUGUGCAUUUGGGGCAAAUGAUCCUAUUGCAUGGGGACGGUCGGUUGAAAUACCUGAUCUAAAAUUUUCUUCGAAUUUAUUCGAAUAUCAUGCUUGCUAAUGGUAACUUGAGUCGUCUACUUUAUGCCCAUAUACUGUAAUAUUUAAGCAUUGAAUGUCAUGGUAGGCACUUAACGCGCGUGAUGGUGUAUAUAGCUGAAUCACGUUGAUCUACACUGAUUUGUAUGGUGUGGCCUGGUUUUGUUUAACAACUUGAACGUUUUCAAUUGAGUACUGCAAUUAAAUACACAUUUAUAACUUAUCGUUUUCAGUGCUUGUCAAACAGAGAACAAAAAUUUACAGAUUAAUAAAAACUGCAUUGACGCAGCGUCUUUCUCUUUUCGCGCUUAAAAUUGAAAAACCAGUGCUUUAUCACAGCCAGUUUUUUUUGUAAAAAAAGACGUAUAAAGCCAAUAUAUAUUCUAUUUUGAUAACACAGCACAAACGUAAGAUCUCAAAUAGGAUUGAAUAAAGCCGAAAUUUAUGAAAAAAUGGUUUCUCUUUUUCCUACAUGUAUUACCUAAAAUGUUACCAUUAUCAUUUUUCAGCAAGACGUACAAGAUUUUUGUCUCUUACAAAUGUUUGUUUUUGUAAAAGUGUUUGUGUUUAUUGAUAUUUUUGCAGCAAGAAGCGAAUCUUUUUCGCUGUGUGAGAUUUAUUGGCUGCUGUCAAAUUAAGUCAUUUCAACUUCUAAAAUAUUAAAUCAAAAACAUUUAUCAAAGUUCGGAGUACGUGUUAACUUUUUAUUUUUUAAUCUUACAUCCAUCUUCUGGUCAUAUUUUGCGUCACUUGAAAAUCAAAAUUUGACCCAAUUCAAAAAGAAAUUAGACUUCUUGAACCAUUGUUUCAUACUGACGUUUUUAUAAAUUACGCGCUGUGCAAUUAUUAUUGGGCUAGCAAAUGAGUUUUUUGUUGAAAAUGCUUCAAUAAGCUUGAAUAAACACCUUUUGAUCUAUCGAUAAAUUAAAAUGAAAGCUCUUUUAAAUCGACUGUUUUGGCGGACAGUCGUAAUUCGGAGCUAAAUUGAGCGAAAAGAUAUGAUUGCCAAUGAUACGCCACAUCUUACGUGUUGUUACAAACAGCCCUUCUGCGUGAAUUUAUGCGACGGUAUGAUGGUGAUAAGACAUUAGCCGCAGGUAAUUGUUUUAUUCGACCAUUUGAAAAUAAGAAAAGAAUCAUCAAUAUGAUCAAGAACGAGGAUUCAGUUGUUUGAAUAAUUAUCUGAUAUGUAUACUGAGUAAAUUCAACUGAAAAUCUUUUUUUAUUCUUCAUUGUUGAGUUAUUUUAAUGCAUUCUUCUACGCUUAACUGCUUAUUUUUAUCUCGAAUGUUUAGAUUUUCGACUAGCUAAAACACCUUAAGCUCGACGCGAGUUAACUGAAGUUAUAUUGGAACUGCUUGUGCUGCGACGUUUUAUCAAUGUGGCCGGGGCGAGUUGCUGUCCGCAUUAGAACUUUGUAGAAGAACCCCGAAAGCUAUCAUGUCUUUGAAGAAUUCUAUGUUGGCUUUCUUACUUUACUACCUGAUUGAAGAGAGCUCGUCUGCUUGUAGUGAAAAAGAGCGUCUAUCGUACGUCUGUAGCAAAAGUGGUUUCUACACAAUACCUAAAAAUCUGCCAAAUGACGUCACAACACUUUACCUCAAUAAAAACUCAAUUUCAGUGCUGAAACAAACAGAUUUCCAGUAUUACACACAAUUGGAACAUCUGGACCUGUCUAAUAACCAGAUCAGCGUCAUAGAAGCUGACACAUUUGUUAAGUUCUACAAGCUCAAAUCGCUUUACCUCUCCGGAAACUCAAUCCAACAUUUAGAUUUCUUCAUUCCAAAAACACUCGAAAUCUUGGACGUUUCAAAGAAUAUACUGACGUCUGUUAAAGGUCACUUCCUAAAUUCAACGACUAAGAUCAGAAGUCUAGAUCUUUCAUCGAAUAUGCUGUCGAAAAAUCCACUUGACAAAAAUGCUUUUGAAGGCAUUCGUACUAGAGAACCGUUAAACAUCGAUUUGUCCAACAAUAAUUUGAUAACGCUUUCACAGGAAGCAAUAUGGCCGCUGUUGACCAAAAACAAAGAUGCUACUCGAUACGAGAAGCUGAAAUUAAACCUAAACGCAAACAAUAUUCACUGUAAUUGCAUUUUGAACUGGAUACCUCAAGCAAUGUCCAUGGAACCCAGUGAGGCCAGGUUUAUGGGUAUUGAUAUUCAAGGACGUUGCAAUAGUCCCAACAACCUUGAGUCUGUUAGUUUACAUGAUCUAAAGGAGAGUCAACUCUCGUGUGUGGGACCGACGAUUGUGCUGCCGAAUAAGAAUGGGUUCUCGGACGUGACGUGGAGGGAGGGGGAGGACGGAAGUGUGAGGUGUAGUGCCUCGGGAGACCCCAAUCCCAGAUACGCGAUGGUGCUCAAUCACAAAAAUAUUAUACUGCCCUCGAAAACAGUGGGACGGUAUACUUUAUCUGAGAACGGGAACCUUGUAGUGAAGGAGUUACGGUUGUCAGACAAAGGAAACAUCACUUGUGUGGCUGAAAAUGUAGCCGGAUCUGCCACUCACGUCAUAAAUGUCCACGUGGCUCCGCAUCUCACCGGCGCCCAAAAAGCAGCUAUCACAUUUGGCAUUCUCAUUCCAGUCCUCGUAGUGCUAAUAAGUGUGAUCUGUGGAGUAUGCAUAUAUUGGUAUUUCAAAAGAGGUAAAUUCGCUCAGUGUAAUCGGAAAAGACGUUCUAGUAGCAUAGGCGAGGAAGCGGAGAGGUUUUCACUUCAGAAUCAUCAUAAGUUGGAGCUUAACAGUGAGCAUAAUACUUUAAGAGUCGGAAGUCACGAUCCAAUACGAGCUGAUUCUCUGACGUACCUAGAUUACGCAACAGGCGGAAGAUCUUCCCCGAUUGAGUCUCGCAAACCAAUGACUGGAAACAUACAUCAGGCUUUUGUGAAUGGAAUGCGACAGUCAAUCGACAAGAAAUCUAGAACUAGCUCGAACCGAUCGAAGGGCGACGAUUUGAACAAAAGUCAUCCCAGUGUCUAUGAUUUGCAUUCCACGCAGUACGCUCCAUGUUUCCGAGAUGACCCAGAUUCAUGCGAACAAAUAAAUAACAUUGGCACUCUAGGUCCACCAGUUUUGGCGUUUGCUAGAAAGUCAAAUACAAUGCCGAAAAUGGCAACGAUAAACCACAUGGGAACUUUCAAUGUCGGAGGUCCGAGGCAAGAUAACGGAACCUUGCCAACUUCGCAGUCGAAUCCGGGGAAGGCAAGCAAGACGCAGAGUUCCAACGGCUCUUCUGUAGGAGUUGCUAGGCCUAUGAUUCACAAUGGAAAUGGAGACUUGGAUGACGGAGUCCUUUCUAGACCCUCAAGCACAAAUUCGAGUAACUACAGUGCCAGUAAUCAUACACAACAGCCAUACCUCUCGAUAAAAAGAGGCUCCGCUAUGCCUACCGUUCCAGCGAAACUAUACGCAAUUCCACUAUACAUUGACCCGCCUCAGUUCAAAAGCAAUGUAAACGGAAGCAACAGCAAUAUACUGAACUCAAACAGUCCAAAUAUGGUGUCUCCUGGAAGCACCACUUCAGAAGCAACCCACAUGAGUUGAUCAAAUUAAGAAUCGACGAGAGGAGGGGGAGGAUGAUUUUUCCAAGCAUUCUAUCUAUCGUUUCUAAUUUAUUACCUUUCUUCAAUUAGUUUCUGCUCAGUUAGUUGAUGAUCACCUGCUCACAUUCAAUACAAUUAGUACAGUCAUAUUUAUGUUUGUAUAGAUUACUGAUGAUUUUUAAAUUGGAUUACGCAAUUUUUGUAUAUUUUGCAUUUAUAAAUUUAGUUAUAUUUUGAAAUUGAAGAAUUGAAUUUGG